UUUCAGCUGCACUAAUGCCAUCUAAUGAAAGCUAUCACAUUUCAUGAUUUUAGAUUCUGGUAUGUUUCAUCUUCAAAUUAAAUCAAAUUUUCUAAAUAUUUCUAGUAAUUUAGUGUAUCUUUUUUAUUAUUUCUGCUGUACAUUUCAACAAGCAUCACAAUUACAUGAUGGCAUUAGCUACAAGAGGUGAGACAGAAGAACAGCAGAAAAUGAGAUUCCAAGUGGAACUUGAAUUUGUCCAAUGCUUUGCCAACCCUAACUACCUUAAUUUUCUUGCUCAAAGAGGGUAUUUCAAAGAAAAAACCUUUAUUAACUACCUUAAAUACUUAAAGUAUUGGAAAAGACCUGAAUAUGCCAAGUACUUGAAAUUUCCGAUGUGUCUUCAUUUCUUGGAUCUUCUUCAAUAUGAACACUUUAGACGAGAAUUGUCAUCAAGUGCGUGUACUACUUUCAUUGAGGAUCAACAGCUACUUCACUGGCAAGGUUACAUUAGGAAAAGAAUGCGUCUUUUACAGAAAACUGAUGAACCAACAUAAAUUAGCGUUAUUUGCGUUAAUCUUUAUAGAAAAUGAAAAGCUCAUAUCCGGCAACAACUUUGCGUAAAAUAUUUCAUAUUUCCUUACAUUUUAUUCACAACGGUGUAGCACACUAAAUUUUGAUGGAUAUAUCUUUCAUCUGAUUUUGCUUAUUAUGCACCAAUUUAAGUAAUAAGAGUUUAAAUAUACAGAAGCAAAAAUUUGAAUACAUCAAACAAGUCUUUCCCUCUCUAUAUCUGUUCCUACGUGUGUGUGUAACUUCGAAUAACUGCCAUCCAUCUCCAAUAUUGCGUUAUGUAAAUUGUUCAAGAGUUGAAAAAUUAAACGUGAAGACAUGUCACAUUCUAAGCAAUA